AUGCGGUCUUUAUCACCGGCUCUCGCGUCCCUCGCGAAUGUUUUUCGUAUCCCUGUGUCUUUGGCCCCAUCGCGCCCCACGGUUGGCCAGGUAUGCCACGAGGCCCUGACCAGACGACCUUCACCAACCGGUCCGAUCACCGCAGCCGUGCAACAAACAGCCCCAUUCUCGUCUACAAGCUCGCUGGCGAAGCGGAAGGGCAAGGGCCCUACGGUUGACAAGCGAAUCACCCUCAUUCGCUACUUCCUCCACCAUCCUCUCACGCCUCGUCCCCUCCGAUUCUCACGAAACCGCUACCUACGUCACUGGACUAUCCACCGCGCGUGGCAAUUGUUCCAGGCGAAGCAGCGUCGCCAGCAAGAACUUGAACUGGAGCGCCAGUACCAGGCUAUGCAGUCUGCAUGCGAAGAGCUACGAACCGGCGCCGGCGAUGGAGGCAGACUGUUCCGCAAAUCGAUGAACAAGAAAGGCAUCUUCAAUGACCUGUUCCCUAUCGAGUAUGGCCGCAUGCAAACUGAUUACCCGCCCGCCGAGGGGUGGAAUCAUGAGUGGAAGCGCCCCGAGAAGAAAUAA